ACCCCCCCCCUUUUAAACUCUCAGAUGCUAUUAUGAAGCAUGAGAAGAGGCGGGUGAUGAAAAUAUAGGGGGAAUCGGCGCAACGCUGCGGAUUACUUUUCUCCAUUCUGUAAAGGGAGAGAGAGAGAGAGAAGGGGAGGUGGGAAGGCUAAGGGAGGUGGGUUUUUUUUAUUUAAAAGAAGUACCGAGCGCCCGUUUACGGAGGGGGCGGGAAAAGAAAAAGAGAAGGAGAAGAGAGAAGAAAAAAAGACCCACUAAAAACUACUGGAUCAAUGAGAGAAGACUCUGAAGAAUCCCCUGCUGACUUGAGAAAGAAAAGAGAGCGGGAGAGAGACAACACACAUACAGAUUACUGAGGAACUUAAAAAGAAAAAGUCCUGCCAGAAGGGACUCCCGGAACCAUGAGCAGUGCAGCGUUACUGACUCACCUCCCAGACCCCAGCAGCAGCUUCAGAGAAGAUGCCCCACGCCCCCCUGUACCAGGGGAAGAAGGAGAGACACCAUGCCACCUGGCUGCCACUUUGUUUGCCAUGAAAAACCAAAGCUUCAAGGCCAUGUCAGUUUCUUCCACACCAAGGAGGAAUGAAGAUGGCCUUGGGGAGCCAGAAGGCAGCGCAUUCCCGGACUCUCCUCUAGCACGAUGGACCAAAUCCUUGCAUUCCUUACUGGCGGAUCAAGAUGGUGCCUAUCUCUUCCGGACCUUCCUGGAAAGAGAAAAAUGUGUGGAUACUUUGGACUUCUGGUUUGCCUGCAAUGGCUUCAGGCAGAUGGACCUUAAGGAUACCAAAACUUUACGAGUAGCCAAAGCUAUAUACAAACGGUACAUUGAGAACAACAGCAUUGUCUCCAAACAGCUCAAGCCUGCCACUAAGACCUACAUAAGGGAUAAUAUCAAGAAGCAGCAGAUCGAUUCUAUAAUGUUUGAUCAGGCACAGACUGAGAUUCAGACAGUGAUGGAGGAAAAUGCUUACCAGAUGUUUUUAACUUCUGAUAUAUACCUCGAAUAUGUAAGGAGUGGGGGAGAAAAUCCUGCUUACAUUAACAGCAAUGGACUGGGGAGCUUAAAAGUUGACUGUGGCUAUCUCCCUACCUUGAAUGAAGAAGAGGAAUGGAGCUGUGCAGACUUUAAGAACAAACUUUUGCCAUCCGUGCUAGGGCUAUCCAGUAAGGCAUUGAGGGCUACAGCAAGCGUCCGAGCUACAGAAACUGUGGAGAAUGGGUUCAGGUCCUUUAAGAGGAACGAUCCUGUUAACCCUUACCAUGUGAACUCUGGCUAUGUCUUUGCUCCUGCCACCAGUGCAAAUGAUAGCGAAAUAUCUAGUGAUGCUCUGACUGAUGACUCCAUGUCUAUGACGGACAGUAGCGUUGAUGGAAUCCCUCCAUACAGACUCGGGAGCAAAAAGCAACUCCAGCGGGAAAUGCAUCGGAGCGUCAAGGCCAACGGUCAAGUUUCUCUACCUCACUUUCCACGAACCCACCGCCUUCCUAAGGAAAUGACCCCCGUGGAACCGGCCACCUUCGCAGCCGAGCUCAUCUCUCGGCUGGAGAAGCUCAAGCGGGAGCAAGAGACCAUGGACUGCUUGGAAGAGAGGCUGCAGCAAAUCACAGAGGAUGAAGAGAAGGAGGGAUCUGACGUACCUGUGGGCGCACAGCCUGGCCGAGAGGUUGGGGCCAAUCAGCACCCGCAGCACCCCCUUGCUCUCUUGCCCUCCGGCAGCUACGAGGAUGACCCUCAGGCAAUCCUAGACGACCACCUCUCCCGAGUGCUGAAGACCCCGGGGUGCCAGUCGCCUGGCAUGGGCCGGCACAGCCCUCGCGCACGCUCUCCGGACCGCCUCCCUGGGGGCAAGUUGCUUCUUGCGCCGGGCACAGCCUCGAUCCCCACAGCCUGCGCCCUCGUCGGCAAAGGAUUUAUCACAAAGCAGACCACCAACCACGUUCACCACCACUACAUCCACCACCACACCAUUCCCAAGACAAAAGAGCAGAUAGAAGCGGAAGCUGCCCAGCGAGUCCAGUGUUUAUGUGCCGCCGGGGGCAGUGACUAUUAUUGCUACUCAAAGUGCAAGGGGCACUCCAAGGGGGUGGACCUCCCUAUGGCUCAGCUAGAGCCGUUUGGCCUCAGCCGAACCGGGACACUACCCAAAAGGAACUGUAAGCUACCAGAUGGCAUCAUCCUGCCAGGUGGGGAAGGAGGAGGGCUCUCCAUACCGCCAGGAAUCCAGCUACCUGGAGGGGAGGCGGACCGCUCUCAGAAUGUCUGGCAGUGGAUGCUGGAGAGUGAAAGACAAUCUAAGCACAAACCCCAUAGCACACAAAGCACAAAGAAGGCCUACAAUUCGGAGUCCACCAGGGGCAUGCCUGGCGAGCGCCCGGCCCGUCACCACCUCUGGGGGAGCAGCAGCCACCCGCGUGGCGCACAACCCGCCCACCCGUUCGUCCAGGAUCCCGCCAUGCCCCCGCUGACGCCGCCUAACACUCUGGCCCAGCUGGAGGAAGCUUGCCGCAGGCUAGCGGAAGUGUCCAAGCCACAAAAACAACGAUGUUCAGCUUCGAGUCAGCCCAGGGAUCGCAACCACUUGACUUCUGUACCAGGAGGAAACAGUCCUUUCUGCAAUGCAAGCGUAGCGGCGGAAGAUCACAAAGAACCAAAGAAACUCCCUGUUGCUCACUCUUCCCAGCCUAGUGAGUUGGUUGUCACUUAUUUUUUCUGUGGAGAGGAAAUUCCCUAUAGGAGGAUGUUAAAGGCCCAGAGCCUGACACUUGGGCACUUUAAAGAGCAGCUGAGCAAGAAGGGAAAUUAUAGGUAUUACUUCAAGAAGGCAAGCAAAGAGUUUGACUGCGGUGCAGUUUUUGAAGAAAUCUGGAACGACGACACUGUUCUGCCAAUGUACGAAGGAAGAGUCCUUGGGAAAGUGGAGAGGAUUGACUGAUAGAUUGACUGGCUGGCAUUGUCUGUGUGAGUCUGUUUUAAGGAGACAUAAGCUAAAAGACGCUGGCUUUUGGACAAAACCACCAAACAAAGCUUUUGAAGGAAGGUUGGAACCAAUGAAGAAAAAGCAACACAGACAAACCAAGGUCUAUGAAGACUUUGCCAAAUCAGCCUUACAUUUUUUUUUUUUUAAAGGUGUCUGUUGAGCUGGGUGCAAGGAUGUUAACAACCCCGAACUAUUUAUUGAAAACAUGACCACUCUGGGUUAUUGAAGAUGCAGACCACGUUUUGAAAGACUUCCAUAUAUAAUAUAUGGCUUCCUGGGGAUCCUAAACCUUAUGGACUAAGAGAAACUGUGUAUAGCUUACCUUACAGUAAUCCUUAUUGAUAUUUAUUGAACAGUCUGGUUUUUUCCCUUAAGUCCAGUUUAUGGACAUGCUGCUUUAAACAAUGGAGAGAAGAGAAGAUGUGAUAUGGAAAAAAGGGGUGGUUUUAUAUUUUAUUAUUUACUUGGUUUCCACUAUCUAAAUCAUUAGAAUUGUGUCUUUUAUUAAGAAGAAAAGAAAAUUGAAUUCAUUUCUGCCACCUUAGAAAACAAGCUGGAAUCAUGUUCUGUCCAGCAUGAUUCCUCCAGGUGUUUUUUUCUUGGAGGAAAAGGGGAGGAAGAGGGAACAUUGUCUUACACAUUUACUCUUCUAAAAAUUGGUAGAUUUUGAAUCAAUGCUGCUCUGUUUGUUAGGUCUGGUUCAGAUGUACAAUACUCUGUUGCCUAUCAGUGGUUAGGAGAUCAGAAUCACCCCAUAGAUUGUUACAUUCUUCAUCCUGCUCCCUUUCCCCAUGAAUCCUCUUUUGGGUAUAACCACGGUAAAGGUAAA